AUGCCACCGACAGGCGUCGGAAGACUAACGGACUGCCCGCGCGCACGCGAGCGCUUUCGUCCGGGCAAGAAGGGCGAGAAGGGCGGCAAGGGUCAGGGCAGCAAAGCAGCAGAAGUUCCGCCAAGCAGGGCGGCCAGUGGUGGCGCUCGCCUCUCCGUCUGCUGGGAGAUCCACGCCAACCCUGACGCCACGGCCUUGGUGGUCUGGGCGACUGCGCCCUCUGGACGAGCUCAGCCGAGCUCGACCGUUGUCGCCUUCCUUGAUAACGUCGUCGUGGCGGAGUGGGUGCAGCUGUGGACAGAUGGAUGGCGGGGCAGGCGCCAGAUCACUGCCUGGCACUAUCCGCGCUUGUUCCCACCAUGUCCACCGCGCCCGCCCACGUCAUGGCCACCUUUCGACGUCGGGUCCCCGGAGGUGGGCGACCUUCGGCAGGACCUGGAGACUGGCCCGAGUACGGCGGGUGCGUCCUCCGCCAACCGCCUCAGCGCUCGACGUCCCGACCCAUCACUUCCUGGAGACAUCGUCGACAUCAUCCAUCGAGUGCGGGCGAACGUCUCGGCCGUGUUCGGCCACGACCUCCGGACCGCCAUGCAGUGGGCGGUGAAGCACCUCGGCCACUGCGGCACGUUUCUGCCCGCCUAG